AACCAAACCAGACCAGCACCCGAUCCGCACCGUGGCGGCGCGAGCAGGCGCGUCUCUGCCUUUUCAAAUCCCGCCUUCCACAGUUCCACUUCCUUCCCAGUUCGGCAGUUCCCUCCCUCCCUUCUCGCCACCUAAUCCGCCCCGUCGCCCCCGCUCCCGGAAGCUUCAAGAAGGUGGACGGUCGGAGGGACGGGCUACAUGGGUGGCUGCUUCUGGUAGCUUCGGUCGCCCGCCGCGCCGCCGCCAGGCUGAGUGGAAGGUAGGGGGAAGCAAGGAACCAGAGGGUGUGAUGUGGAUGUAGAGGAUUGGAUGCUAUAAUGGCGCAAGCUGCUGUCGAGCCCGCUUUGAAUGGUGGCUCUUUGAUUGGGAGGCAGCCGGUGGUUCCAAGGAUGAAGAGGAAGACACCGUCUGAACUGAGGGGUGAGCAACUGAAGCGGCGUACCUCUGAAAAGCUUGGAGAUGAUCUGUUACCUUCUGCCACAUUGGAUAGGUCAAACAAUGGACUUCGGAACACAGAGCAACAAAAGAUUUCCAAGUACAUCAACACACGUGUUACAGAGGUGUUCCCUGUGAGAAAAGCAAGAAACCUUGGGAAGGAAAAUUCCAAGGAUGUCUUACAGAAUAAUGAGAAGGUUUCUAAGUUUGUUAAUGGUACACCAGCCUCAAAUUUUGCAUCAUCUUCACUUCUAUGUGGUCAUGGUGACACUGCUAAGUUGGACACUUUAGUUCCAACCAUGGAGGCUGCAAAGCCAGGUUUCAAGAAAGUUGAGAAAUGCAGUGAAAAUGCUCUGCGGAGUGUAUCUGAGCUUCAUGUAGGCGAUGAGAAGCAGACUGGUUCUAACAAAUUUGAUAUGGAAAAGGUACUGAAAGGGUUUGGAGCUCGUGAUGCUUUUGUGGCUUCUGGGCUCAACGGCCCUAAUGGACAAGUUGGUGGUACUGUGUCGAAGCCUUCAGACAUAUGCCCUUCUAAGAUCACUGUUCCUGGGGAAAAAGCUCCUCUGGAUUUUACCUUAAAGACUAGUUUGCAGUUUGUUUCAUCGUCAUCUGUGAAGUGGUGUCACAAGCUCAAUACAAGUUUUGGCAGAAGUAGCAUCACUGGAGCCAUUGGUCAGAGCUGUCCUCGUGGGUGUCAAAAUUUAGAGUGCUCAAAGCUUGAGAGCAAAAAGGAAUUUCUAUUCUCAAAGGCUUUACAGUCAUGGGUAUAUCCACAAUCGCUGUUGCCUUCCUCUAUCAUAUCUGCUAUGCUCUCAUCAACUGCAGGAGGUGAAAGUGAUUUUCUUCUCAAAAGACAUCAGGACUGGGAAGAUUCAUUUCAGAAUCUUUACUACAUGCUCCGGAAGAACAUGUUGAAUAUAUUCUAUGUUUAUACAACACAAUUUGUUGCUCUCUUCAUUAGUGGAAGCUGUUUGGAGAAAAAGCAGUCUAGUAAUGCCUACUUAUCACAAUCUACACGUGGCCUACGCUCAUUACUACGGAAACAUGGCGUUUGCUUUUCUAUGCCUCUUUGCAGCACUGAAGUGGAGCAGGCUACUGAGGACGACCUUAUUGAACUUUCAGAAAUCGAAAGGCGCAAUGUCGGACAGGCACUCCAUUUGGAUGCUUUAUCUGACGUGGAUAACACCACGCAGUCGCUGCUUUCGUUUACUGGCAACGAGAACGUUCAUGGCCUAUACGACGUUCUAUUGAAUUACAAGUCCUUGCUGAAUUCAUUAUCUGCUGUGGAUGUCCCAGUCUUGUAUUCACCCCAGCCAUUUCAAAAUGGCUGUCUACACAUCCCAGAGGUGAAGUGUAGGGAGAUGAGGAGAGCAGACAUGUCAUCCGGCGGGUUCGACACAGAACAGGGAUCCGCAUUUGCGUCGACGGCAGGCAACGUAUGCUACAGCAUGGAAGUAAAGGACGCGGUUCUGCCGCCAUGGGUGGUCUCUGGGCUGUGCGCCGCCAUGAGCUUGGACGCGACCAGCUUUGAUCUGACGAUCGCCACGGAGCCGUCGUCGAUGGGCUUGAACGUGGCUCUCGACUCCAUGGGCACCACCACCACGGAUGUCCAGCCUGAAGGAUCCACCCCCUCCAGCUGCUCUGCGCCCACGACGCCCUUGGUGGGUGCCGUUCCUGACGCGGCCCUCGUCCCUGCCCUGCACUCCGCCUCGCUGCGCCGCCUCACCUACACGGACGGCGGCGGGUACGUUGCGCACACAACCGUGUGAGCGCCUCUGAGCUUGAGAGCCCGGCCCUCCUCGGUAUGCGCAGCGCAGCGCAGGCUUGUUCUUUUGAGAAUUUGGAGCCUGCCCUGGCCUUUGUCGUACAAGGACGACGUGUCGUUACACGCUUGGUUGGGUUGGAUGGUAACUAAACUAUGAGGCCAGACUUCUUCUGGUGGUCUGGAAAAGGAACACUUAUGCUUGAACUCGGUGUGUGCUUUUUGCCUGGUCGUACUGUCGUUCAAAGUUGGGACCGUUCUUACCUUGCCGUGACACCGCCUGUUGGUGUGAGCUCCUGCUGUUUGAAUUCUGAAGACAACCAUCACCGUUCUGCGGUUGACAGAGGACGGUUUCUUGAUUC